UUAUGAGCUGUACCAAAUCACGGCGUGAAGCCAUCAGCACCAAGCUUCUAACCUGCCCAUUGUGCCACACUGCGAGUCCAGUGGAGGAGUCGGCGGACGAACCCACCUUUGUACUUCAGGACCUCGUGGACCAAAGACACACAGUAAAGACACAAGGGAGAAACCCCAGGACCUGAGGCGGCUCCAGGGAGACGUAGGAAGAUCAGUUGCGACCAACACAAGGAGGAGACUGUGACAUUCACUUGUUCAGAUUGCAGGACAACAGUUUGUCAAACAUGCUGCAUGGCCCACCACAGUAAAUGUGUCUCAGUCGUCAGCACAGAGUCCCAGAUGUGCACAGUGAAGUCACAACUGAGAAGGAUGAAAGAAAAUAUAUUACAAAGACAAGAAGAAAUAAAGGAAAACUUGGGAAAAAAGAAGUCCAAAGCAAAUGAAGAGACUGCGAGGUAUUUACAACUUGAAUCAGACAUUCGGGCAUUAAGUCACAAAGCAGUAGAAAUGAUCAAAAGCAAAGAAAAUAUACUCGUUAAGGAACUAAAAUCAAUAUCUGAAAAACAUGUUAGACAAUUACAAGCUGAUAUAUCAUCGGAUGAGACGUCAGUGGCAAGGUGCCAGCAACAGGUUGAGCGGAUAGACCAAGUCUUACAGUCUGAGAGUGACAUGGAUGUGUGUACGUUGUAUCAGGAUUGUGAGGCCGAUGAUGCUGUUGCAGAUGCAGAUCUGAGGGACGAGGACAGAAUAGCCAAGAUUACACUGAGACUGGACACGGGUCAGCUGUUUAAAGCACUGGUCGCUCUACAGCUGGGUGAGAUAGACGUCCUUUAUGAGAGGAUGCUGGACCUGAAGGCUGGUGCUGAAACACAGGGCACCAGUCACGUGUUGGAGCUGAAGGCUGGUGCUGAAACACAGGGCACACCUCACACGUUGAACCUGAAGGCUGGUGCUGAAACACAGGGCACACCUCACACGUUGAACCUGAAGGCUGGUGCUGAAACACAGGGCACCAGUCACGUGUUGGAGCUGAAGGCUGGUGCUGAAACACAGGGCACACCUCUCACGUUGAACCUGAAGGCUGGUGCUGAAACACAGGGCACACCUCACACGCUGAACCUGAAGGCUUGUGCUGAAACACAGGGCACACCUCACACGUUGAGCCUGAAGGCUUGUGCUGAAACACAGGGCACCAGUCACGUGUUUGACCUGAAGGCUGGUGCUGAAACACAGGGCACACCUCUCACGUUGAACAUGAAGGCUGGUGCUGAAACACAGGGCACACCUCACACGUUGAACCUGAAGGCUGGUGCUGAAACACAGGGCACACCUCUCACGUUGAACCUGAAGGCUGGUGCUGAAACACAGGGCACACCUCACACGUUGAACCUGAAGGCUCGUCCUGAAACACAGGGCACCAGUCACGUGUUGGACCUGAAGGCUACUUCUGAAGUACAGGGCUCUAGUAACGUACUGGACCUGAAGGCUACUCCUGUGCUACUGGAAACCAUCAACGUCAGAACAGCGGAGGAUAGAAAUAAAGCCCUACUCAUAGACGUGAUAGUGAUGAUUGUAAAUGACACUGACAUUGUGAUCAUUACAGACUACAGCAACAAGAAUGUCAAGUCCUUCUACAACAGAAACGACAAGCCCUGUUACAAUAGGCUUAGCCUGGAUAGUGACCCCUGGAGUCUGACUCAGCUGACGUCCAACCAGAUAGCUGUGACUGUCCCGAAAAUCAAACAGAUUGUAAUAGCAGACGCGAGUCCAGACAUGGCGCGGCUGUCAACCAUCUCAACAAGCAAACAGUACCGGGGUAUAACUGCUCUCACGUCAUCAACAGUAGCAGUGAGCACCACGUCGCCACCCGGCGUUGACGUCCUCGAUAGUGAAGGGAACGUGUUGAGGUCAACCAGCCUAAUGCACCAUAGUCCGAGCAUCUUGAAGUACCCGUAUUUCCUCUCCCUUACAAACACAGGAAACAUUUUGGUGUCUGACUCUGGAACCAAAUAUGUCUUGUGUCUGAAACCCGACGGAGAUAUCGUGUUCACCUCCAUCCCGACUGGAGACAGCUCACGUCAUGGUCCCCAAGGUGUCACCACCACCAUUACUGGUGAUAUCCUGGUGACGUACUUUGAUCUCAACAGCGUUGUCCAUCUGACCGAGACGGGCCAGUUUGUGAAGACGUUACUCACAGAACGACACGACAUUGACAAACCACGCGGGCUUUGUGUAGGUGGUCAAGGUCGUGUGUAUAUUUGUAACUCGUUUAAAGGUCAGAUCAAGGUGUUUAAGUGUUAGAAUAUAAAAAAAAGAUUUACAAACACUUUUAUCAUUUGACAAAUCGUUCACUCUUUCAGCGAGUGGCAGAACAAAUUCAAAAGUAAUAUAAUACAUACAGUCACUGUGAUUAUAGCAAUAAAGAGAGAAAAAUGGUGGUAAUAUUCACCCCUCAGUAACAGUAAUCCAGCCUGGAAGAAAGGGCAAGGCAGAGACUAUCCAGGGUAUAUAUACUAGUAAUCAUCACAUACAAUGCUUGUCUUCUGUUGUGAGCCGAGAGGCAAGAGCCAGCUUCCCGUAUAUACACCAGAUGCUAGAGAUUUCUACAUACACGCAGAAUAUUCUGGAAUAAGCUCCUUGCAACACUUUCCAGAUCAUUCCGUCUGAAGUUAGUACAAGUGUUAGUAUAGCACAAUGCCCCUAACUGAAUCUACCCGUACAAUGAAUAACAGUUGGAACAUUGCUACACAACGUACAACCUGCUUCAUAACAAUAUUGAAUGUUUCUCUCUGGCCUUGUUGUAAGUAGUUUUAUAUUUGUAAUUGUAAAACAUUGAGUCCCAGAAGCUACGAAGCUCGAGAAUAAUGAGUCUGUGUUAACUGUACUCUGUUUCCUUGAGAGACAAGGAAAGGUGUGUACAUAUCGGAACG